AGCCUCCCUCCUGUAUAUAACCUCGUCCCAAUCCCACUCGUCCUCUCAUCAACACAAGCAUCAAUCAGCCUUCAGCUCAAAAUUCAUUCCAUACUCCACACUCAGACUUCAGCUACCAAUCUCCAGGCAUCACAUAGUUCAGACACAUCAAUCAACAGUGCUGUCUCCACCAACGCAAGAGAGAUCAUGGCGGGAGCGGCGAAGGCGUCAUGGAUGGUGGCGAUGAGCGUCGGCGCCGUGGAGGCGCUCAAGGACCAGGCUGGGCUCUGCCGAUGGAACUACGCCCUCAGGUCCAUCAUCCACCGGGCCGCCAAGGCCAGGGCCAACGUCCGCGGCGGCGUCUCGCAGGGCGCCAAGCAGCUUCCAGCCUCCGCGGCGGCGGCGGCGGAGAGGCGGCGAGCGGAGAAGGCCGAGGAGGGGCUGAGGACGGUGAUGUACCUCAGCUGCUGGGGUCCCAAUUAGCAGCUGCAACUUGCUGCUAGCUGAGGAGGGGCUGAGGACGGUGACGUACCUCAACUGCUAGGCGUGUCUCUGUUUGCUGCAACAACCAUGGCCUGAAACCUGUGUGGCUUCCCGUUGAAUCGCCCAUUGUAAAAUACCACCAUGAUGAUUUUUUUUUUUUGAAAAGGAGGAUGACCCCCGGCCUCUGCAUCUGGGAGAUGCAUACGGCCACUUUAUUAAUUAUUCUCGAGGACCUUACAAAGUAUUACAAACAAUAUACCUGAAACUACCAUCUUGGCAACA